UCUGCACGCGGACCCCGACGCCAUGCGAAAGAAGGUGUACAGGGACGUCGGAGGUCUGUACCUCAGCCCCGGGUUCCACGAAGCCUGCGUUCGCUCGGCACUGAGUUACAAGCCCCUGCCCGGAGACGUGUUCAUCGUCAGCUACCCCAAGUGCGGCACGACCUGGAUGCAGCACAUCGUGUACAACAUUCUUAACGGUCACCCUCCCCCGUCGAGCAUGAUGGACUGCUCCGAGCAGAUGCCCUUCUUGGAGUUCCAGGGAGCCGAGUCAGCCUGGAAGAUGCCCCGGCCGGGAGCCAUCAAGACGCACAUGCCGUUCCACCUGCACCCCUUCUCCACAAGCGCCAAGUACUUUUACAUCUGCAGGAACCCGUACGACUGCUGCGUGUCCUUCUACCACCACACCAGGCGUGUUCCUGAGUACGACUUUCAGGACGGCACGUUCGACGAGUUCUUCGAGAUGUUCGUGAACGGAAAGGCGGACUUCGGCGACUAUUUCGACCACUUGAUGUCCUGGUAUGCACAUAGGAACGACCCCAAUGUCCUCUUCUUGACGUACGAGGCACUCAAGAAGGACACUGCAACCUGGGUUCUUAAGAUAGCCAGUUUUCUCGGCGAGGAGUACGGCGACAAACUUCGAGGGGACCUCGAGUCGUUGAACGGCAUCUUGAAGAAGACCCGCUUCGAAAGCAUGAAGAGGAAUGUGGACGAGGCUACGAAGUCCUUCUACCAGGAAAUCGAGUCGACCCCGGACAAUAAAAAGCCAUUAUGGGCGAGACUCGUCAAGGACGCUAUUGGUGAGAGCACGAUGCAGAAGCCCAAGACUGGUGACUUUAUGCGCCGAGGAGUGAUCGGUGAUUGGAAGAACCACUUUUCCCUUCAGCACGUCAAACGACUCAAGGAGCGCAUUGUAGCAAAGACCGGCGGAACUGACAUCAUGGACUUGUGGAGGGACAUAGACCUGCCGUAAAGGCAUACUGUUUUGUUGUUGUUUUUUGCUCGGAUCUAUUGAAGAAUG